AUGAAUGAAAUGUUAUACCGAUGGUUAACUUUAAUAAAAGAAUUUUUUACUAACAAAGCUUUAAGUUUGAAUAAGAACAAAACAUCAGUUGAUAAUGAUAUUGAAUCUUAUAAAAUUAUGCAAGAAAAUAAGAAAUCGUUAAUUUUGCAAAUAGAACAGAAUGAAAAAGAAUUAGAAGAAUUAUCAAAGGAAUUUUUUGAAAAUCAAAACGACUCAGAAAUAUUAUUAGGAUUAAAAUAUAAGAUAAAAAGUAGUUUUAAAAAAUUUAUAAUAUUAAAAAAUGAAGUAGAAAUUUUGAUUAAGAAUUAUAAAGAAGAAGAUUUUGAGAAUGUUAAAAAAAUAAUUGAAAAUAUAGAAAAUAAACAUCAAAAUUAUAAAUUGAUUAAUGAUAAUGAAAUUCAAAAGAUUAUAAGAGAAGUGGAAUCUGAUAAUAAAAUAUUAGAAAAUGUUAAUGGUUUUAAUGUAGAUAAUAAAGAUACUGCUGAUAAAAAAGCUGAAAAUGAUAGUGAUAAAGAAGUUAAAACUAUUAAUGAUGAAGAAAGAUCAACUAAUGUUAAUGACGAAGGAUCAAAUAAUAGUAUUAGAUUAUCAAAUAUUAAUGAAAGAUCAAACAAUAGUAAUAAAAGAUCAAAAAUUUCUGAUAAAAUAACCAAAAUAUUAAUAGAAGCAAAUCUUUAA